AUGGCAACGAAAAUCAUCUACUUCACAGUGAAUGGGAGACCAGAGAAGGCUGAAUUCCCGAUGGACUGCCCUGCUCAGGAUGUCAAAGAUCUGUUCCGCUCUGCAGCCGAGGCAGGACCCCAUGACAUCCUGAAGCUGUACAACCCCAAAGGCAACAUCAUCAACAUCUCCCCGAGUCUGGAGCCCAACAGCCCAAACUCCUGCUACAAGCUGGAGGUGGUGGCCGCCGAGUGCAACAGUGAGCCGUUAGGUGCAGAGCUUGCUGGUGCGCUCGGAUUUGACCUCUUAUCCAUGGAGAAAAGACUGCAGGGCCUGGAGAAGAAACUCCUGAUUGAAGCCGGUGAGACCCCUGCAGUUGUGUAUGAGAUGAAGAAACAGGUGGAUCGAUUCCGGGACAAACUAGAGAGUGUGGAGCAUCUGAGCUGGCUGGGAUUAUUUAAAGAUCUGUCAGAGGGAACACACAAGCCCUCCCCAUUUUACCACAAGAGAACCCUACGAAAAACCAGGAAGGAGUGUGAGCAUGUACGGGAAAAGUUUCUUCAAAUGAGCUCCCUGGAGGUAUCAGACGAAGUGAGGCAGUACUUAAAGACCCCAACCUUUGAUAACUGGCAGUGGGAGGACGCAGAGAUAAUGGUGCUCCUGCAUGUCAUGUACGCAGAUUUAGAUUUCAUAGCGACCUUCAACAUUGAGCCUGAAGUCCUGCAACAGUUCCUGUUUGAAGUCUAUCAAAGAUACAACAACAUCCCUUUCCACAACUUCAAGCAUUGCUUCUGUGUUACCCAGAUGAUGUAUGGUUUGAUCUGGCUGACUGACCUGAGGAGUAAGAUGGACAGCAUUGACCUGCUGAUCAUGUUGACCUCUGCAGUUUGCCAUGACCUCGAUCACACAGGAUACAACAAUGCCUAUCAGAUAAAUGCUCGGACAGAACUUGCUCUUCGCUACAAUGACAUCUCUCCACUGGAGAACCACCACUGUGCUGUAGCUUUUGGUUUACUGGAGAAGACAGAGAGCAACAUCUUCAGAAAUGUGUCCAUGGAUCAAUAUAAACGGAUAAGGGAAGGGAUCAUAAAAUGCAUUCUGGCCACAGACAUGACAAGGCACAAUGAGAUUCUCAACAAGUUCAAGUCCAUCCUGCCAGCUUUUGACUUCACCAACAAGGACCACAGAGAUGUGCUGAUGAUGAUUCUGAUCAAAGUGAGCGACAUAUCCAAUGAGGCGAGGCCCAUGGAGGUGGCUGAGCCUUGGUUGGACUGUCUUCUGCAGGAAUUCUACAACCAGAGUGAUAUGGAGAAGUUGGAGGGUCUUCCAGUCACCCCAUUCAUGGAUCGGGACAAAGUAACCAAGCCUUCAUCUCAAACAGGCUUCAUCAGAUUUGUCCUUUUGCCUCUCUUCAUCGAGCUGGCCAACCUUUUCCCCUGCCUGGAGCAACACAUUAUCGAUCCAGUACGGAAGGCUCUUGAUUACUACACAGAGAUGGAGAAAGCACUGGAGAGGGAGACACAGAACCGGGCUCAGAGUGAGAAUGCAGCCAAGAGUAAGGAGACACAGAGCACAGCUGACAGCCAGACUGAUGCUGUUGGCCCCGAAGCCCCGAAACCAGACGCACAGUGAACUAUGGUGAACGGCACAUUAUAUUUAUAUUGAUUUAAAUGUUUUAGCACCGUUUACAUUUGUACUUUUGCUCAAGUAUUUACUGGGCUAAGCACAAGUUGCCAUUCUAAGCAGUGCCUGUUGUAGUUUUGGUGUAUGCAGUAUUAUCUGUAAUGUGAUGAGAUAGAACCUAACUUUUACUUUAUAAUUUUGCUGGAGGGUUAAAAAUUAAUUCUCAACACUAGUAGGCUACAUUUUAAAAGAGAAUUUCCAAAGUACAGUUCAACAAAUUAGUUUGCCUGAAUUAUGUUUUAAUAUUAAUCAAUAUUUUGAUUCUACCAAAGGAAUGCGUGACAAAGGAUUAACAGAUUAUAGAUAUUUACAUUUCGGACAACAUUGCAUUUCUACUCCAGUGUUGUUUGUUUUGGAAUAAAUAAACUGCAUAUACUGUAAGUUGCUUUGGUUGCAUUGCAUCAGUUGCAUAUGUGAUGUAAGAAACCGCACACCAGAUUCCCUCACCCAGCAUGUGAUUGUACUAAAUUUUUUUGGGUUGUUGGAGUGUAACUAAAAAAAAUAAUGACUCAGUGGGAACUUCAAUCGAGUGUCUUUGGAAUGAAGUACAGAAAAACAGUAUAUAGAAAAGUGCUUUUUCUUUGUUAUGAUCUCAAGGUUCUUAUGUCACCUUUGAAUAAAACCAAUGAAAAUUAAAUAUUAAACAGCUUUUCCAUUUUCAUUUUAAUAUGUCAGAGAAUGCCCAUAGGAGUAUGUGAAAAUGUAAAUUAUUGCAAUUUUAUUUACAGUUUUAUACAUAUGAUGGAAAAUUCUAAUGCUAUUGUGGAAUUACAUUUUCAAUUUUAGUUUACAUUACCAUUUUAAUAUAGCCCCCUAUAGGCUUCCAUAGUAUGAGUAAACUUUACGUCUAGUAUGUCAUCUUUCGAGAAGAAGUAACAUGGUGCUUUACA